AUGUUUACUAUAAUGGCACCUGCAAGAACGGCCAAACUGUGCGCUCGGCUCUUCCUGCUGUUUCUUUGCUUGACACUACAUGCCGGCAUGCUUCAGUUCACUACAGCUACGAUACAAGGAUACAUUGGAGACAGGGAUAUAUGCCCAUCUGUAUGCAGGUGCGAUGAGGACUUCAUCUACUGCAAUGAUCGUGGCCUGAAUUCAAUUCCGUCACUGCCACCAACUGCAUCCAUCCUCUACCUUCAGAACAACCACAUAAACAACCCAGGCCUGCCCACCUCCUUGGAGCACCAACUUGCUAUCCGAGUGGUCUACCUCUAUGAUAAUGAACUGGAUGAAUUCCCUCUACAUCUGCCACCAUCCGUGCGUGAACUGCAUUUGCAGGACAACAACAUCCGCACUAUUCCUCGGAGUGCACUAGCUCGGAUGCCUUUGUUAGAGAAGCUCCACUUGGACGACAACUCUAUUUCCACUGUCAGUAUUGAAGAUCAGGCCUUUGCUGACAACCCACGGCUGCGCUUGCUUUUCCUUUCACGCAACCAUCUGUCUAGUAUCCCCUCCGGACUGCCUGCUUCUCUGGAAGAACUACGUUUGGAUGACAACCGAAUUUCCACAAUCCCAACCCAUGCCUUCCGAGGACUCACCUCACUAAGAUGUCUUGUCCUGGAUGGGAACCUUUUGGCAAACCAGCGUAUAGCUGAUGACACAUUCUCUCGUCUUUCUAACUUGACCGAGUUAUCCCUUGUCCGAAACGCUCUCCAGACCCCACCUGUAAACUUGCCCACUGUCCAUCUUCAGCGCCUGUCUCUACAGGAAAAUGCCCUCACCCAUAUGCCACGUGGGUCCUUGGAUGGCAUGCAAAGGCUACAGAGGCUGGACCUGUCAGGAAACAACCUGACCACGCUGCCAAAGGGACUGUUCAAAGACUUGGACAGCUUGGGUCAACUGUUGGUGCGAGGUAAUCCUUGGCACUGUGGCUGCAACCUGCGAUGGUUGUUUGACUGGCUGCAUGCCCGUGGUAACACCAUCACUGUCAGAGGUCUCACCUGCCAUGGACCUGACCGAGUGCGAGACAUGGCUUUGAUGGACCUGACCAGCGAGAUGGACGAAUGUGAAGUGUUGAGGACAGCAGGGACCAGAGACAGAGUGGGUGGAGGUGGAAUAGAUAGCUCUACUACAAACACCCCUCCACAGGGCUCACUCUUCACCCUUCGCUCUAAACGUCCUGGAUUGGGGCUUCCUGACUCUGGUUUAGACUACACUCUUAGCAGCAGUGGUGUGGGGAAGAGCCUGGCCCUCAAUGUGAAGCCUCUCUCCCACAACAGUGUCCGUGUCACCUGGAGCGUGGCCCAGCCCAGCUCUUCUUUCAGGCUGAGCUGGUUGCGACAGGGCACUGGAAAUGCCAUGGGAUCGAUCACAGAGACGUUAGUCCGGGGGGACCGUCGAGAGUACCUGCUUACCUCUUUGCAACCACGUUCGAGCUACAUCAUCUGCAUGGUGCCCCUGGCUGCAAGUUCAGAAAGCAAAGGGGUAAUUUCUGGAGAUGCUGACUCUGAUGAAGCUCUGGUGUGCGCAAAAGCUGAAACAUCAGACCAAAGCCCACUGGAGGAGGAAGAGGAUAAAGAUUCACAGAAAAUGACAACAUUGCCAUUGGCAGGGAUUAUUGGUGGGGCUUCUGCCAUUGUGUCUUUGGCUCUUAUCCUUGGCAUCUUCUGUUGGUACGGACAUAAGUCUGGGAAAUUGUGUUCCCGCGACCACUACACCCGCAACAGCUCUCGAAAAAGCAAAACCUAUGAUGAUUACAUUGAAUCAGGCACCAAGAAGGACACCACAAUUUUGGAGAUCCGUGGCCCCGGAUUCCAGAUGACACCAAUGGCGGCUUGCCAGCCAAUGCAGCCUAAACCCAUACGAGAGGAUUACAUCGUUCAUACCAUAUUCCCCUCCAAUGGCACUGGCCUGUACAAAGGUGAAAACCAUGUCUCUAAUGCAGGACAUGGCACCAACCGUGGCUAUAGAGAAGGAGAAAUCCCAGAUAUAGACUACUGUUACACAUGA